GGAAGCACGUGCGUGCGGGAUCUGUGUCCUCUGCUGUCCCGUCGUCGUCGUCGUCGUCGGUCGUAUCGUAGCGCGUAAAUAUUACGAAACAUUUACGGUCACCGCGCCGCCCGAGAAACCCGAGAAGCGCUGCAACCACUGGGCUUCUGGCUUGGCCGCUACCGUUGACGUACCGAUGCACACGGUUGAAGAGGCUAAGGGCUUGAAGUUGAAGUUGCGCUGCGCUUUCUGAGCUGCGGAAUCGAUUUGGUUGCCGGUGCGGUCCACCGGUGGAAUACCCGUGGAAACGAAUCGCGAACGAACAAUCCAAUUCGAGCAAAUUAGCUGCUGUCCACGGAAACGGUACACUGGAGUGUUUGUUUUGGUUCGCGUCGAGGUUCUGUGCUGGAUGUUGGUUGGCUUUUCGUUUGCCACAUGCUCUGCAUACACACACACACGGGGUGGGUGGCUAGCGAGCACAGGUGCUUUGGUCUGCGAAUGUUUGUUUUAUGCUAAUCGCGUUUAAUUGAAUGCACGGAACGGUAACCGGCGUGCGCCUGUGCGUGUGUGUCCGUAUGUGUUUUGCUGCCAUUUCUGCCGCUUUCAAUGCUACUGCUGUUGAUGCAAAAGUUUUUCCUGAUUUUCCGUGCUGAUUUCCGUUCCGUUGCUAGUGCUAGUGCCACGUGUUCGCGGUGUUGUCGUUGCGGGUUGAUGGUUUUUCUUUUUUUCGGGUGAAAUUAUGCGUAGCCCUUGGUAACGGGCAUCGUCGCCAACUGCGGCGACGAGUGUUGCAAAACGCGUGAUAAGCAGCAGAGCAGUGUUUGUGCGCGUGUGCGUGUGUGAUGCGGUGUUGAACGCAUAUUUAUGCAAACAAAACAUCCGGCGAGACAAGGAGGGGGGUUGAAAACACAUGUUUUCCCUCUUGGUGGCACUCUAAACAGAAGUGAAAUGCUGCGCCAUGAUGAUGGUAAACAGAUGAUCGAUUGAAAACGGCGAAUCACAAUCAUCGGCUUAAGAGGAGGAAGUCAGUCGCCAUUCGAUGACUUGGGUCUGAGAGUACCGGAGUGUUCCGUUCCGUUUGCUUUGACUGCACGUCCCAGAGGAAGAUAAGAAGAUCAGGAAGGAGAGAGCAACAGCGAGGCAGGUCUUUGCUUAAACCGCAAAACAAUCGGAUGCAUUAAGAGUUGUGUGCAAAACACACGGAACGAGAACAGGAAGUUAAACGGUUCCAUGUGACGACCGACAAUCCGGUGCAGCUACUCGCAUCCAUCAUUCAUCAGCUGGACGUGUAAACGUGAAGACCGGUGCCUGUGUGCACGUGUGUGUGUGUGUUAGUGCUGGCUGUGUCACUCCCACGGACGGAGAGAGACCCCCGGAACCGAACCGCCGGUGCACGCCAGCCAAAGUUGGAAUUUCAGCGUUCGGCGUUCCGCAGUGCCAGUGCCGAGUGCCGAGUGACUAAUGAACGAACGAGCCUAACCAGGACAAAGGCCGAAGGGAGGAAGAGAGUUCAUAAAUAAGUAACGUUCCAAACGUUGACGAAGAACCGUUGACAGCACGUGCGCGUGCUACUCGCGUAAAGUUUCCUUCACCAGUUCGACUUUUCCGAGAAGUCCACGACCGGCAGAUCACGGUCAAACGGUGGCCACCCGUCAUUAGCCGGAACGAAACAACGGGGGAAACCCCAGGAUCGAAUCGUGCGACAUCGAGAUGCCAGAUGCGUAAGACAAACGUGAAGCAAACGAGGAGGGCUGACGUCUGAACUGCACUGCUGAACGCCCACCGGCGGCGACCGAGGAUCGCUCGCAGCGACGUCUUGGGCAACAAAUCUCCCAUCAUCUCGCGCCGUGCGCCGCGCGCCGAGCGAUCACGUCAAAAAACCUCCGCCCCGAAGCGCGUGACAACCAUGACAACUAGCGUGGCGGCGGUGAGGAGUAGCAGCGGGAGGACGGACGCAAGGUGGACGCGAUACCGUCACCGGUCGUCGCUGCUGGUGGCCACAACCACAACGACGCUGCUGCUACCCGUGGUGCUCCUUGGACUGGUGCUUCUACUCCCAACGGCAACGGACGCCUUCUGUCCGUCGCUCUGCACAUGCGAGAGCGAUCGGUAUCUGCGGACGGCCUGCAUCAACGCAUCGCUCGAGGUCGUCCCGAUCCAGCUCAACCCGGACGUGCGCUACAUCAACCUGACGGCCAAUCAGAUCACGAACGUUCACUUUACGCUGUCGUUCUACUAUCAGCUCGAGUCACUCGAUCUGUCCCACAACCGGAUCGAUACGCUCGGUUCGAAGAACUUUGAGGCGCAGGAAAAGCUGCGCACACUGAACGUGAGCCAUAAUGUGCUGCAAUCGCUGGCGAAAGAUGCGUUCCGGGGAUUGAAGCGGCUCGAGCUGCUCCAGCUGAGCGACAAUCAACUGGAACAGAUCCAUCCGACGGCUUUCGGGACGUUGGUGAGCUUACGGCGGCUCGAGCUGCGCAACAAUCGGUUGGUUAGCUUCGAGUACGGUGUGCUGAAACCGCUGACCGCGCUCGAGACGCUGCUGCUGGACAACAAUCAGCUGCUGGAGGUACCGCAAGAGGGUAACCUGGAGCACCUGCGAUCGUUGGCGCAUCUCGAGCUAUCGACCAAUCUGAUCGAGUUCGUCGGGAAUGACAGCUUCGGUGCGUUGCGCGAACUGCGGACACUGCGACUCGCCGGUAAUGUGCUGAUGGAGCUCGAUCAUGGUGCCUUCCAGGGGCUGACCGCACUCCAGCUCAUCGAUCUCGCGGAUAACAAUCUAACGACCAUCCCCACGGUGCAGCUGUCGAAGCUGUACAACCUCACCACCCUGACGCUGAGCGGCAACUCGUUCGUGCGGCUACCGGCCGUUGCAUUCCGGAAUCUGUUCCAGCUCCGGGAGCUGCAUCUCGACCGAUUGGACCGGCUGGAGCACAUCGAUACGAGAGCUUUCAUCGACAACACGCACCUGCAGGUGCUGACGCUCGAUGACAACCCUUCGUUCGAGUCCCUCCCAGUGCGUCUGUUCCACGGCAACCCACAUCUGAUCGACAUUUCGAUGCGACGCAAUGCGCUCCUUACGCUCGAUGCCGUUCAGUUCCCGCUCGAUCGUUUGCAGCGGCUGAAGCUCGCCGGUAAUCCUCUCGUCUGCAAUUGCACCAUUCGUUGGCUGUGGCGACUGGUAACCGGUACGAUCGACGAAGACGACGAAGAUGAUGCCGACGGUGUGGCAUUCCUUGGCCGACCAUCACCGGACUCGAACAUUACGACCGUUCUGUUGCUCGAUAAGGAUGAAAUCGGUUGCGAUCUGAACGAAGAUGGGUUGGUGACGCGCCGGACACUGCGUAACAUGUCCGAAAGUGACAUCAACUGUCCGGCACAUCUGGCCACGGUACUGAGUGUGCUGCUGGCGCUAGUGCUGCUACUGCUCGGUGCCGGUGCCGUGCUCGUGUACCGACGGCGUGCCCGGGAACGCAAGAAGAUCCUUCAGGAGCGCAAAAACGUCCACGAGCGUAUCGUACCGCAGAAGGUGGACAAACUGGAGCUGGAACGCUAUCUGGCGCAGCAGGUCCUUUCGAACGAUUAUCGCGAACUACGGCCGGCCGCAGGUUGUGCGGAUCUGCCGGUACGCUACGAUUUAAAGUAUCCGGAUCAAACGGCACACCAGACGACGGUCGAGCAGCCGAUGCCGAUGCCAGCCGCCGAUGCAGACUCCGAUCAUUACGAGAACAUUGACUACCUGCAGCAUCAGCGUGUGCUGGGCAAUGGAUCGGCCACGAUCGGUACCGCCAGCAUUACCAAUCCCUUCCAUCAGCUGCAGCAACUGCAGCAGCAGCAGCAGCAGCAGCAUCCGUACCACUACACGCACCAUCAUGGACGCUCGACACCGGCCACGACGAUGCAGCAUCAUCCGCACAAAUACGCACACCAGAACCACCAUCAUCACCAGCACCAUCAUCAGCUGCAUCCACAGCACACCCAUGACGCUGGUCAGCAGUCGAUGACGAAGGUGACCAACACGCUGCCGGCAUCGUCGACACCGAAUCACCACCACCAUCAGCAGCAGCAGCAGCAGCAGCAACAGCAGCGCAGUCUCAACAACUAUUCGCCCAACUUCUUCAUCUACGUGCUCUACUCGCACUUUGUGCUCGUGCUGCUGGCGUUAUGAUGAGGCAAAUGUCUCAUCGUCGGUGUCGUGAGGCCAUAAACAACGGAAAGGCUAGUAAGAAGAUGACGAGUACGAGUUAGUGAAAUGUUGCAGCUGAAUCCUACACUCCCUUUACGCCCCUUAACUGGACUUGUUUUGUCGGAUUCGCUCGGUUACUAUUGCGCCAUAUUAGUGUUGUAAGUUCUAGCUAGCCACAACAGCUUCAGACCUUCACCAUUUCGUCCUUUUCUUUUUUGCCCCCUUUUUUUCUGGUAUUUUGUUGUAGCAACAAAGAAGUUUGUUUUGCGAAUUUUUGCCAUUUAGUACUAAUGUUUGCUGCUCGACCACAGCGGCUAUUAACUACCGACAUCGCCUUACAAAUGCCUCUGAUUUGAAAGUCCCUCUGUUAUCCCUCUGAAUCGCCUUUCCUCUUCUCGUUACUAAUACUUGUGCAAUCGUGCUUAGCUCUUGCUUUAAGUUCUUUUAGCCUUAACAAUUCGUUCUACGAUAAGCAAUUGGUUCCAGAGAGAAGAAAACCACAACGCGACGAGGUCUGUUACGAAUGUUCUCGAAGCAUCGCGCGAUCUUUCUCAAAAAAUAGAAUUUCCCCUUUUACUUCUUCCUCGCGCUUACACUCGCGCGCCAGCCCCGGGUUCUGUACAGUAGAUAGAGAUAAUUUAUAUUUUUCUAACCAAUUUAACUAACAGCAACAGGAGAGCGAAACGGGCCCCGGGACAACGAGGCAACCUGGCAUGAUGCAUGAUAGACCGCAACACCCUCGGGAAACGCGCGAGGAAAAUGGGAAAGGGGUUUUGAAAUGAUUGCAAUAAAUAUUCUCGCUGCCCAGUUUUUUGUGUACAGAUGAAGCCCCCCGUGAACUAAUAUAAAGGUAUAUACAUAAAUAGUUAUAUAAUUGUAUUCACCUACCACCCCGUGCUCCCCUACGGUUUUUGAUACUGAACUCCCUGUCGCUCCCCCGUCUUCGAAAGCGAAACCGAAAAGAAACCCGAAACUUUAUAAAAGACAAGUAGCUAUAUAUAUAAACAUAGAUAUACAUAUAAACGUUUUCUUCGCGCGAACAAACAAAAAACAGCCAGAAAAAAGGAGCAAAAAAAAAAACCACGAACCCGAGCAAUAACCUACAUUUGUAAGAUGUAUAAACACCUCUCCGGAAGAACAGCAAACCCUGCACGAGUUGAACACAGAUGAGCAAAUACAAACACGUUCUGAAAAGCAAGCAGCAAAAACCGCGCUACGAUAGGCGAACGUCUGUCGCGAGAUUCGCUUGAUAUUUUGUCACUUUUUCAUGAAAACUUUCGAACUGACCGCAGCUAAAAUGAUCCGGGAGAUGGAAAGGGGUGGGGGCAAAAUUAUGCAAAGCUAGAAAACAUAGUAGAACAUAAAAUUCGAACCGAAAACGGGAGAAAUCGCAAGGCAAAACUGUGAAACGAUAACAAAAGGCGAAUACGUGUGUCUGUGUGAGAGCGAGCGAGAGAAGGUGCGAAAACGAAGAAAACUUAUAAUAUUAAACAAAGGAAGAAAACAGAAAAGAUAAUGUGUUAAAACUGAGUUGUUAUAAGACUGAGCGGACAAAACAAAAGAGUAAAACAGAAAGCAAACGGUGGCUAAUGACAAGAGAGAAUAAAUUUGACUACGGAAA